AUGUCAUCCAGUAAAGUUUUCAUUAUUAAUGCAUUAGAAAAUAUUGGCUCGAGCAAAGAAGGAAAAAGGAAUAAAAAGUUAAAAGAGAGUAUUAAUAAGGCUUUGGAAACAAUAAAAAAUGAAGAAUCAGAUAAGAAAGGUGAUGCAGUAAUAAUAUUUGAACCACUUCAAAUUGCUUGUCAGACAAGAGUAAUAAAUAUUAUGAUAAUAGCUUUAGAUUUCAAAGAAAAACAAAAUCUUAUUGAUCUUGUAAUAGACACAAUAUGUGAUUGUUUCGUUGGUGAAAAUACAGAUGAUAAAGUUCAAUUGCAAAUAAUCAAGGCUUUACUUGCUGCUGUCUCCUCAAUAGACAUCCCAGUUCAUCAUUCAUCACUUCUUAAAUCAAUUCGUACAUCUUACAAUAUUUUUCUGCUUUCAAAAAAUCCUACUAAUCAAACGGUAGCACAAGAAAAUAAAAAAAAUCGUUCAUCAUCAUCGUCUUAUAGUGUAAACUCCAAAUAUAGUGUUAAUAAAAAUGAUCCAAGAGAUGAAAUACAAAAGGUCAUUACAAGCACUACCGAAAUAAUAUCAACAACAUCAUCGUUAUCAACACCAACUGCAGUAGAAUUUGAUAAUGUAGUAGGAGAUACUGAAUCAGAGAUUGGCCAAUGGAAAAAUGCUCAUAAUUCUGUCGAUGAUCUUGUUAGGGUAGUCCAAGAAGAAAUAACCGAUGAUCCUUCCUCAAACAUCACUGAUACCUCCGCUACUGCCAUCAUUAAUAUCAAUGAUAAUGAUAAUGAUGCUACUGAUACCUUAGAAAAGAAUUUAACAUCAAAAUCUUCACAAGAAGAAUCCCGAAUUUCUCAAGAUUUGUUCGUUAAAGAUGCAUUUCUAGUAUUCCGUGCACUUUGCAAAUUAUCAAUGAAACCAGUUCCGCCAGAAUCAUCAGUAGAUCUAAAGUCACAUUCUAUGAGAUCAAAGCUAUUGUCAUUGCACUUAAUUCUAACAAUACUAAGUUCGCACAUACAAAUCUUUACUUCAUCAAAUGUUCAUAUUAUUUCUACAUCUACACAUGAAAGUACUAUAUUCAUUCAAGCUGUUAAACAAUAUUUAUGUCUAAGUCUCAGUAGAAAUGCUGUUAGUUCUGUACCUCAGGUUUUUGAAAUAAGCCUUGAAAUAUUUUGGAAAUGUAUAAGUAAAUUAAGGAAUUAUUUAAAGAUCGAAGUGUUUUUUAAUGAGAUUUUUCUACCAAUUAUAGAAAUGAGAAACUCAUCUAUAAAACAAAAAUAUGCUUUAAUGAAUAUUCUUUCUAGAAUAUGCUCUGAUCCACAAACACUUGUGGAAAUCUAUUUAAAUUAUGAUUGCGAUCGUGAGGCUGUUCACAAUAUAUAUGAACGAAUUUUAAAUAUCAUAUCAAAAAUUACAACAACAUACACUACCACUACAUCUUCGAACAACAACAUACCUGAUUCUAACAAAGACCGAGAUGUCAAUUCAUCAACACCAGAUUCUGUUUCAACAUCUAAUAACAUUUUCAACAUUCCUCCUUCACUUACCACAAAUUCAAUUUCAAACACGACAUCUUCAUCGCCAAACAAUUCAAAUAAACCGGCAGAACUCGCAUUAAAAAAUCAAGGUCUAGAAUGUCUUGUAUCAGUUUUACGAUCACUAGUUGCCUGGUGUAGCAACAAAUCAACUAAUGAUAGUGCCGAUGAUGAAGAAAUACCAAGACAAAGCGAAGACACCAUUCAAGAACCACCAUCAACUCCAACCUCGCUAACUUUCAACAAUAAAUCGUCUCCAACUUCUUCAAUGAUGUCUGUAUCCAAUUCAUCAAAUACUUUUUCAGGUGAUAGCAAGAUAAACUCAUCAAAAGCCAUGGAUGAUCCAGAACAAUUUGAAAAUUUAAAACAUCGUAAGCAAGUACUUCAAGAUGGAUUUAUACUAAGUGAUGAACCAGUUGUUGUUGCAAAAUUUUUAUUGAACACAGAAGGUUUUAACAAGUCAAUGAUUGGUGAAUAUUUGGGCGAAGGUGAUGAGGAAAAUAUUGCAAUAAUGCACGCAUUUGUCGAUUUAAUGAAUUUUAAAAAAAUGAAAUUUGUUGAUGCUCUUCGACAAUUCUUACAAUCGUUUAGAUUACCAGGCGAAGCUCAAAAAAUUGAUCGAUUUAUGUUAAAAUUUGCAGAACGAUAUGUUGAUGGCAAUCCUGAACAAUUUGCAAACGCAGAUACAGCAUAUGUUCUUGCAUAUUCUGUUAUUAUGUUAAAUACUGAUCUUCAUAAUCCUCAAAUAAAGCGUCGUAUGACUAAAAUUGAAUUUAUUAAAAAUAAUCGUGGAAUCGAUGAUAAUUCAGAUUUGCCUGAUGAAUUUCUUAAUUCAAUAUAUGAUGAAAUUUCAAAUAAUGAAAUAAAAAUGAAAGACGAGCAAGAUGCCGCAUUAAUGCAACAAACUUCACCGACGCCUUCUAGUGGUAUUGGAAUCGCAAGUAUAGGCAACGCAAUUGUAAAUGUUGGUAGAGACUAUAAAAAAGAAGCGUACAAUGCUGCAUCACAAGAAAUGGCAAAUAAAACUGAGCAAUUAUUUAAAUCUAUGCUUCGUGCUCAAAGACGCGGAAUUUACACAGCUAAUACCACAUUUUACAGCGCGUCACAUUUUGAACAUGUGAAACCAAUGUUUGAGGUUGCGUGGAUGCCAGUUCUUGCAGGUUUAUCAGGCCCACUUCAAAACACAGAGGAUGUGGAAAUAUCGAAUCUUGCGUUGGAAGGAUUUAAACUUGCAAUUCGUAUAGUUUGUCUCUUUGAUAUGGAACUUGAAAGAAAUGCAUUCGUAACUACUUUAGCAAAAUUUACUUUUUUGAACAAUUUGGGUGAAAUGAAAUCAAAGAAUGUUGAUGCAAUAAAAACUUUACUUGAGGUAUCAUUAGCUGAAGGAAAUUAUUUGAAAGGCUCUUGGAGAGAUGUGUUGACAUGUGUUAGUCAAUUAGAAAGAUUUCAAUUGAUCAGUACUGGCGUGGAUCAAACUACUGUUCCUGAUUUGUUUAAUGCUAGGAAGCAACCACGAGUUUCUUUAGAAAGUACUCUUAAUCGUUCUAACUCAUCAAAAAAAUCAUUAUCCAUAAGGAAUUCUACACAGAUCAUGUAUGCUGAAGAUGUUGCAUUAGAAAGUAGAUCAUCUCAAGUAGUAGUUGCUGUUGAUAGAAUAUUUAAUUUUGUUAGCUCAUUGAGUAGUGUGUCUUGGGAAGAAAUCCAAUCGUCGUCGAUGGCAGAACACCCACGUAUAUUCAGUUUACAAAAGAUUGUGGAAAUUUCCUAUUAUAAUAUGGGUCGUAUUAGAAUGGAAUGGUCAAAUGUUUGGGCCAUUCUUGGUGAACAUUUUAAUCAAGUUGGAUGUCACCCUAAUAUUAAUAUUGGAUUUUUUGCUGUUGACUCAUUACGACAACUUGCAAUGCAAUUUUUACAUAAAGAUGAACUACCACAUUUCAAAUUUCAAAAAGAUUUCUUAAGACCUUUUGGUUAUAUUUUAGCAAACAAUUCAAAUAUUUCAAUAAAAGAUAUGAUAUUAAGAUGCAUUCAACAAAUGAUCCAGGCAAGAUCUCAUAAUAUCAAAUCUGGUUGGAAAUCUAUAUUUGGAGUUCUUACAGCUGCUGCAAAAGAACCUCACGAGAGUAUCGUGGUUAUGGCUUUUGAUCUGACUAGAUUGGUAAUCAAAGACCAUUUCGAUAAAAUUGUAUCAAACAGUACAUAUCCUGAUCUUAUGGUUUGCCUUAGUGAAUUUUGUAAGAAUAAACGAUUUCAAAAGACAAGUCUUCAAGCAAACGAACUCAUAUGUCAAUCAAUACCUAAAAUGAUUGAGGAUCCACAUUACCAAUUAAAUGGUCAAGCUAGUGUUAAAUCAAUUACCAAUGAUGAUCCAUUAUUUAAAUUUUGGUAUCCUUUAUUGUUUGGAUUUCAUGACAUCAUAAUGAAUGGGGAAGAUUUAGAAGUUAGAACAAGAGCCCUAAAUUCAAUGUUUGAUACUCUUAAGAAAUAUGGUUCAACGUUUUCUUUAGAAUUUUGGGAUGUCAUAUGUCGACAAAUCCUUUUUCCAAUUUUUGGAAUUCUGAAGUCAAAAUCGGAUAUUACAAAGUUAACAAAUCAUGAAGACACAAGUGUAUGGCUGUCCACAACAAUGGUACAAGCACUUCGUAAUAUGAUUGAUUUAUUUACAUUUUAUUUUGAUAUCCUUGCAAUCAUGAUGGAUGGAAUCUUGGAUUUGUUAAGCUCUUGUAUAACCCAAGAUAAUGACACAUUAGCACGCAUUGGCAGUUCAUGCUUACAACAAUUAAUAGAGGCUAAUGUGAAAAAAUUGCAACUGGAUCACUGGGAAAAAAUUAGCAUAAUGUUUGUUAACUUGUUUGAGAAUACUACAACAUAUAAAUUGCUUGAUGAGGAUCAUUAUUUCAUCAAGGCAGCUAAUAAAAUUUCAGAGAAAACUAAUGGUGAUAUUAAUUUAUAUCCAGAAGAUAAUAAGGCUGGUUUCAAUGUUUCAACUGUACCAAGGACUCAAGAAUUUAAUGGAAUCAUUGUAAAUUGUUUAUUGCAAAUACUUCUUAUCGAUACUAUUGAUGAACUAUUGAACAACGUAAUUGUGUAUGAAUCAAUGCCAGCAAUUCACCUAUUGAUAAUUUGUGAAUGUUUAGAAAAAUCAUAUUUAUUUGCACAAAAAUUUAAUGAUAAUAGAGAUUUAAGGGUUGCUCUAUGGAAAAUAGGGUUCACAAAACAGUUACCAAAUUUAUUGAGACAAGAAACAAGCAGUGCUUCUACAUAUUUUAAGCUAUUAGUAAAAAUGUAUUUUGAUAUAUCAAAAGAUCGUCAAGAAAAAAGAACAGAAGUUCAAGAAAAAUUAAUAUUAUUUUGUGUACAAGUAUUUGAACAUUAUAAUUCAUUUAAUCCUGAAUCACAAAAAAGAAACAUCAAUGCUUGGACACCAAUAAUAACUGAAAUUUUAAAUGUUUUUAAUAAUCUAAAAGACAAUGAUGAUUCAAUGUGA